GUGUAGACCUUUCCAUGCGUUUGGCAUCCUUGACAGCUGUUUAGGAAGUUAUCCUCCAUUUAUUAAAUUCCUAAGUAAAAUGGUGAAUCUUGGGAUAAGUAAAGUGGACGAUGCAGUGGUGGCCAGGCAUCCGGGACUACAUGAAUAUGCAGCUUGCCAGUCACAAGCCUUCAUAAAGGGUUUAGAAACUUUUAUUCUGGGUACAUUUGGUGCUUUUGUGCUUCAGAAGGUUUUGAGCAAGAGGCUUCCAUAUCCAAUGAAGUGGAACAUUUUGCUUUCUGUAGUUGCAGGUUCUGCUGCUAGCUAUGCUGUGACCAGGACAGAGACUCGCAAGUGUUCAAAUCUUUGGAUAUAUUUGGAGAAAGGAAAUAUGCCACAAGCAUCUUUUUCAGAAACAAAAGAAGUUCCAGUGUCUGGAGAAAAAUUACAGUCCGUUAUGAAGAGAACUAAAUAUGGAGACUCAAUGGAAUAAAAUAUAUAUUUUUGACUAUGCAAAUUACAUACUGGUGAAAGAAUGCUCUGUCACUUGAGGAGACUGUUACCUUUGUACAUAUAUUGAAAUGUGAAGGUUAUAUAUAAUUAGAAAUAUAGAUUUUUUUCCAUUUUACUUCUUGGACUGCUCAAAAAGGAUCACAAAACUCUCUGAAUAAAAUUACAAUUUAACAGAGGAGGGACACAGCAAAUUUAAAGCAUGUUAGAUAAUAUUUUUCAUAAAGCACUAUUGCAGCAUUAAGGUUUCUUUUUUAUAGGAGUAACAGAAUUGUAUAUAUAUGUAGAUUCAUUAAGAAGUUCUUUUUUUAGUGGAAUGUAGUUUCUCAA